CAUAGACCAGUCGCAGCCAUUUUACUCCGCGAAAUAAACUUCAAUCUCACAGCUGGGAGGAAAACACAUCACGGACACAUAUCCCCGCUGACAUUAAUGGAUAUCUUGUUGUGAAGCAGUUUGGGGUUUCAAGUCUCCGCACUUCGGUCUGACUCGAUGGCUUAACGUGACUUUGGAAGAAACUCUUCUGGACAUCUAUUCCUCUUUCCUUUGCUGUCCUCUGCUAUUACAGGUAGCAGCGAGACGUGACCAAAGGGACGUUGAUCCGUAAACCCGUUUCCCCUCCAGAGGCAGCAUGGAGCCCCAGGCCUCUCAGGGGCAGCUUGGAAUAGAGGGGGAUUGUGGGAUGUUGAAUCUGCUGCUGCCCAGUCCCCAGAGCGAGGCGGUGACCCAUGAGAUGGAGGAGCUGUCCCUGCAGCCGCUGCCUCCACUCAAUGAACGCAAAAAUGUCCUGCAGUUGAGGCUUCAGCAAAGAAGAACCCGGGAGCAGCUGGUGGAUCAGGGCAUCAUGCCACCUCUGAAGAGCCCGGCAGCUUUCCAUGGGCAGAUUCGCAGCUUGGAGAGAGCCAGGACUGAGAAUUUCCUCAAGCACAAGAUCCGCAGUCGUCCAGAAAGAGCAGAGCUGGUCAGGAUGCACAUCCUGCAAGAGACCGGAGCAGAGCCCUCACUUCAGGCCACCCAGAUGAGACUGAAGCGAGCCCGACUGGCCGACAACCUGAACGAGAAGAUCGCCCAGAGACCCGGCCCCAUGGAGCUGGUCGAGAAAAACAUCCUGCCGGUUGAUUCCAGCGUAAAACAGGCCAUCAUCGUAGGCCAGGUGAAUUAUCCCAAAGUCCUGGAUGAAGACAGCAGCGAGGCCUUGUCUCCAGAGCAGCCAGCCAGCCAGGAGUCUCAGAGCUCCAUCCCCUCUCCUGCGGAGAGCAGAGUGCCAGAAACACCCUCUCCAGUCCUAGCACCUCCUCCUCCUCCUCCACCCCUACACAACACCGUGCUGCAGGCAUUCCCAGUUUCUCCACAAACAGCAGCUGACUUUGUGAAGGUGGUCUCCAUCAAUGAGCUGUCUUCCAGCCGCCCAGCUAUCACAACAGCCGCUUCCUCAAAGCCAGGCCCGACACUGGUGAAACAAAGCCAGCAGAAGACUCCCUCAGAGAAGAGCCGCAGUAAGAAGAACAAAGAGCCCAAAUCCCGGGUGAAAAAGCUCAAGUACCACCAGUAUGUUCCCCCAGACCAGAAGCAGGAGCCCAGUGAAGUCCCCAUGGACUCCUCUUACGCCCGACUACUGCAACAGCAGCAGCUGUUCCUCCAGCUGCAGAUCCUCAGCCAGCAACAGCAGCACUACAACUACCAGACCAUACUACCUGCACCCCUCAACUGGCAGCAGAGCGACUCAUCUGUCUUCUCACACUGUUUCCAUGCAGGCUGGCCUAAAUCUGUGGCGGAGGGGCAGAGCAGCAAUGGCAGCACCCUGCCAACCUCCAUCAUGGUGUCUCUGCCCGCUGCACCUCAACCUCCCCCCGUGGCUCGUCCAAACAACUCGCUCUCCAACCGCAGGCUGGGGGUCCUGCCUGCCAACCUGGAGGAGAUGAAGGUGGCGGAGCUGAAACUGGAGCUGAAGCUGCGCGGUCUCCCCGUGUCAGGAACAAAGACUGAUCUGAUAGAAAGACUGAAGCCUUUCCAGGACAACACCAGCAUCUCUGCUCCUUCCACCAUCACUGCCCCUUCCACGACCACCCUCUCCUCCAUGCCCAUGGAGGUCACCUCCACCAACACCGCCCCUACUAUAAUCCUUCCAAUCCAGCAGGUAGCUGCAGGGAGUGUUAAAUCCACACCGCCGGUCUCACCCAAUCCCACUGAUCGCUCCACCCUGCAGCAGGAUGGAGGCAUGUCGGAGGGACCCACCGAGACUCCGAUGAGCGCCGGCUGGGCAGAUCCAAGCUCCUCACCUCUCCACUCUUUCCGAGUCCCGGAGGAGAAGGACAGGAGGCUCCAUGAGAAGGAGCGGCAGAUAGAGGAGCUGAUGAGGAAGCUAGAGCAGGAGCAGAGGCUGGUGGAGGAGCUGAAGAUGCAGCUGGAGGUGGAGAAGAGGACAGGCACCACAGACUGUGCAUCUCUGUCUCCCAUACUCACCACUGUACCUACCAUGACCCCUGGUCCUGCUCUUCUGAACUCAAACGUAGUAAAACUGGAGGGUACAGUCCUAUCAAACUGUUCCUCCACCACAGCUUCAAUCCCAAACUCCAUCCUGGGCUCCCAAUCUCUCUCCCCUCUGCCAACUGUGGUCAAGUUGGAGGAUGUGACUGUGUCCUCCGGCAAGCCGAUCCAACUUCAGCCCCAAACCCAGCUCAUCGCCCAAAUCCAGCCACAAGCCCAGUCCCAAGUGACCACCAGCCCUCAGAUACUCCCCCAGUCACAGAGAAGCCCCAAACCCCAGUCCCAGCCUGCAGCCCCCAGCCUGCAGCAGUUCUUCAUCAGCCACACAGGCCGCGUGUCCCAGGUGCUGGGUCAGCCUCAGACCUUGUUGACCACAGGCCAGGCUGGAACCCAGAUCCUCCUCCCAGUCUCACUACCCAACAACACUACUGCGAUCCAGCUGCCAAACAACACUGUUAGCCUGCAGCCGGUUCUUCAAGCCACAGUCUCCAAUCCAGGCCUGGUCCAGACUUCAGUUCCUCAACUGAGAACCACUAACAUGGAGACGACACCCAACAAGCACAUGAACAACCGCAACCCACUGAUGCAGACUCUGACUAUGUGCAAUAACACGUCGGGUUUGGAGAACCAGACUAGGCCUGAUAUGAAUCCCCAGUGUUUCCUGAGAAGUUCCCCGGAGAGCAGGGUCUCUCCUCGGGCUUCACCCAACCACCACAUCUCCAACGGACCAUUCAAUAAGUCAUCCUCUCCUCAGUCUACCUUCAUCCUUCAGCCCACCUCCCUGGUUUCUCAGCCUCCGAAAACAAAAGAGCCUCCUCGCUAUGAGGAGGCUGUCAAACAGAGCCGCAACAUGCACGUCAACAACGUUUCACAGGUUCCCACGGCAACCAGCCAGCAAAUGGAUGAUUUGUUCGACAUUCUCAUAGAGAGUGGAGAGAUCACUCCAUUCAUCCAGCAUGACCCCUCAGUGUCUCUCACUAAGACCCACCCAGUCACAGCGAACAUCACCACCCUGCCCGUCAGCACCGCCAUCUCCAGGCCACCUCCGCAGAUCCAGCUGGCCCCUCCCCCGACCCUGAGCCCCGUCAUUGGUCAGAACAUGCCCAGCCUCUCCUCACUGGCCUCAGACAACCAGCUGGAGGCCUUCCUGGAGCGCACACUGGCCGACACCACGGCAUCAUCAGACCCGCGCACGCAGGGCCUAAUGCUGGAGCUGCAGGCACAGCUGAUGGAGCAGCAGCCCUACUCGCCAAUGGACACGUCAGAUCUGUCUUUCUGCGACUCCUCCUCGCCGCCCUCCUCCCUCAACAUGGGACUGACGGACCCCGGCCUGGACAACAUGGAGUGGCUGGACCUCACCAUGCCACCGGGUCCAGCUGGGGCGCUCACACCACUCGGGAUACCUACGGACUUCCUGGAUUCACACGACCUGCAGCUGCACUGGGACUGACGGGGGGACGGCUGAAAGAAAAGAUCCAGAGAAAGGAGUUGCAGAGCCACAGAAAGGAUUUAUGGAUGGAUAACAAGAAAGGAGGAGAAAAAGGAGACUGCAAAGAUGAAAUGGUUUCAAGCAAAAAAAGAAAGAAAGAAAGAAAGCAAAAUAAGGAGGAAAAGUGGCAUUCCUGUACCAUCUCUCUCUGCACAGACCAUCCAUACCACCUGUAAAAUUCCCACUUUACUACAAUAAGAAGUGCUGUACAGGCAGUGCACUUAAGUGAAACUACGAGCAGGAGUUUGCACAGCUUUAAAAAGAGGUCUCCUGACGUCACUCACGGGAUUUUAAACGUGAUUUUAAGGAUGAUUUGCAGAUAUAAGAAGACAGAGCCAAAUAUCACUGGUAGCAUGGACUGUUUGUAAAUACACUUUAACCCACACUAAGGGCCGUUUUCACAUAUGCACUCCCCAAAAACUUCGGGACACUGUCUCAGACGCGAGGGGGGGAAAAGAAGACCCAGAAGCAACAGAGUCCGCUACACACUGCUAUAAUGAAAUGAUUUGCCUUCAUAUCUAUGCUACAGUACGUGUAGUUCUAAGAAUCACAAUAUCAACAAAAGAGCAAAGAAGAACAUACUGGAGAUCAGAAACAAUAAUGCAGCCGUUUAAUUACGCGCAUACCGGUCGCAUGCAGGCAGUCUGGUCGAGCACUGAUCGCAGGGAAUAAACGUCACCACUCCCUCGAGGUGAAUUCUCCAGCAGCGUUCCCACAUCAGCUCAUUUAGACUUUCUGUUAGAAAAAUACAAGGGGGCUGUUUUGUGCAAUUUGCAAACAAAGCUCAAUACACCUGAACUUUGUCUCGGGACAGUGAGCCAGAAUAGAAUCAAUGGCUGAUAUUUUCCUGACUGUUUCUGCUGGAAGUCUUUUGCCCGGCUGGCUUUCAGUUUGAACACUGUGUCUGUUUUACUCUGUGAGCACAGUAGCAGCAUUUGAAAGUGUUCCCUAAAAACUUCUGGAGUUAUCCAGACAUGAAGCCGUCUGUUCUGCUGAAGCACACUGUGCCAUUCGGCAUAUCAAAGCUACGUCAAAGCACAAUGACUGUGUGACAAGAGUGCAGAAGAAACCCAGUUAGAUUGAAUAAUUCUAGGACAUUAGGUCCUCUUUAUUACACGUUUGAAGCUGGCCUUGGACAGCUACGUUUUAUCACUACAGGUUCUGAUCCUGACCACUGGGAAGUCUUAGACUGACUGGGGGUCUGGGAUGCUCUAUCCUGUCUUGGUGCUGGACAAAUCAAAUGUUUAAGUUCCCUUUAAGUCUAACGCACGAGUCAGCCAAUUUUUAAAGCGACCCCCAGCUGAGAGGAGGUGAAGCCUCUUUUCUCACUGGUCCACUCUAAACAUUCUGAUGAUGAUAGACGACAUGUUUGCUGACUAAUCUGAUGUGUUGUAUCAGAUGUGACUGUUUUCUUCUGACCCAACACGACCCGGCUGGUCAAGCCGAUGAACCAAUGACUGUAAAGAACAAAAACACUCGACUUCAGUCGGGCGACGAGAGGAGCGAGCUCCUCCGCCUCACGUGAGAGCUAUGCACUAAAAAAAUAAAAAAAAGGCGCCUCAUCCACCUCAGAACAAGGAAAUGUGAACUUUGCAUAAAACAAGGUGUUUGCUCAUAUGAAGUGAUCUGUUUCAAAGAUCACACGGCCAAAUGCUCCGGAGAGAUAAUGCAGUUGUUGUCCAAGAAUCAAACUUUGAAUGUAGUUUUUAAAAGAUUGAAGAAGAUGAAAAACAAAAAAGGACAUGUAAAAGUUGGCAGCUGUUUUUUUUCUCCUGACAGUAAACUGACAUAAAAUGUUGUAAAGGGAACAUAUAUCAAUUUAUAACACAAGCAGACACGUAUAGGAAAAAGGGGUGAAGUGUGUGUGUGUGUGUGUGCUGCAAAUUAUAUCAAGGAAUCAAGAUGUCUUUGGAGCUUUAUAUGGAGCUGUCCUACUGUGUGUGUGUGUGUGUGUGUGUGUGUGUGUGUGUGUGUGUGUGUGUGUGUGUGUGUGUGUGUGUGUGUGUGU